AUGGCCGCGAGGAGUGGCGCGUCCUCGCUGUCGGCCUCGCCUUCUUCACCACCACCGUUGCGACGCCGGCCGUCCGUCCGCGCGCGCGCCCCGCACGGUGCCUCGCUUCGGUCGGCCGCAUCCAUCCACGCCCUGCUCGCGUCUGCUCCCCUCCGCGUUCCGUUGCCGGCUCACCACGCCGCGUUCGGCUUCGCCUGCGCCUGGCUGCCGGGCUCUCUCUGGCUCCGCGUCCCGCGCCGGCCGGCCGGGUUGCCGCUGCCGCUUCCCGCGCGCCUGCUCCGCUCGCUAGCUCCGCGCCCCGCGCCUGCCGGCGUGCCGCUGCCGCCUCCCGUGCAAGUCCUCUCCGACGCGCCCGCCGGCUCCGCCCCGCUCGCCUGGACGCCUCCGGGUCGUCGCGGCCUCGCCCCUCCUUCGCGGCCCCGCUCCCGCCGACUCGCCGCAGCUGCUGACCGCGUCCGCGCCGGCCUCGCAGCUGCUGUCAGCUGCUGCCGUCCCGCGCGUCGCAUCCGCUUCUGCCCGCGGCCGGACUCCCGGCGCUCGCUGGCUCCGCCUCUGCACGCGGCUGGGCUCCCCGGUCCAGCCGGGCCGCCGCCUCGUCUCUACGCGCCGUCCCUGGGCCGGCUCCCCAUCGCCACCCGGCACUGCCUCCCUCGGCCGGCUCCGGCCGCUCCGGCCCAAUGCCCCGCCUUCGUCCGCGCCGGCUUCCACGCCACCCGGCCUGCCGGCUUCCCCAUCACUCGGCCCAACGGCUCCUCCCGCCAACCCGGCGACCCGGACGCUUGCCGGCUCCGCCCGCCAGCACGGCGACCCGGCCGCUUGACGGCUCCGUGCGUGCCCGGGCUGCGGCGUCCCGCCGGCGCCUACCUCCGGCCCCGCCCAUGCUCCCGGGCCGCCCUUGGUCGGCCGCUGGCUUGCCGAUCCCCGCGGCUCCUGUCUUAG